AUGGCUGAUCUGGACCUCGUAGAAGUUGAUUCUCUCGAAGCCCUUGUCAUCAUCGACAAUGAGCUCGAUCCUCUCUCUCCACCUGCCGCAGACACCGUCCAGGUAUCGGGUCUGAUGGGCUUUCUUGCUCUACAGUCAACACAUGAAUUACAUGACCGAGGCGAAGCCAAAAAGGAACUGCAAAUGGAAGACAUUUGCUGUUCGGCGCAUGGUCUGUCCAUCCUUGUGACAGCUACGAAAGGCGAUGUAAAGCACUCUGUUCUAUUCGAUGCAGGCCCUGAAGGCGAGAUAUGGGAGAGGAAUGUCAAGCGGUUACGGCCGGAUUUGUCUUCUGUCGAGCUGGUUCAAUUAUCACAUUGGCAUCGGGACCAUUCGGGGGGCCUUGUCCGAGCCAUUGAAUUGAUAUCCGAGGCCAAAAAAGCCAAAGGUCAUACAGACAAAGUGUCAGUCGAUCUUCAUCCUGACCGUCCCGACUAUCGCGGAUUCGCCCUGGGUCCGAACAUCGUUUCCUUUCAGGCGGACCCUACAUUCGAGGAACUCGAAGCAGCCGGAGGAGUCAUCCAAAAGCAUGACGAGACACACACUGUCCUCGACAAUUUCUUUCUGAUCUCUGGCGAAAUCCCUCGCCAGACGGCGUACGAAAACGGUAUCAAAGGCGGCAUGCGCUAUGACAGCGAGGAAAAGGAUUGGUUUUCUGAUGAGCUUAUUUCCGACGAGCGUUUCCUCAUGUGCAAUCUAAAGGACAAAGGACUCGUCCUGUUCACAGGCUGCAGCCAUGCCGGUGUCGUCAACUGCUCACGACAUGCGGUUGACAGCUCGAUGGCUCUGUUCCGCUUUAUGCGGUUGUUGGGGGCUUUCAUCUUGCUACUAGCACUGCGGCCGAUACGGAAAGCACCGUCAAAGACCUUCAGAGACUAG